UCAGUCGGUGAGCAAUAGUUGGCAAACAGUGGCUAACCAUGUGAAGACCACUCUCUACACUGUGAGAGGACUGCGCCCCAAUACAAUCUAUCUGUUUAUGGUGAGAGCUAUCAAUUCGCAAGGUCUGAGUGAUCCCAGCCCUAUGUCAGAUCCUGUCCGAACACAAGAUAUCAGCCCACCAGCACAAGGUGUGGAUCACAGGCAAGUCCAGAAAGAACUGGGAGAUGUCAUUGUACGACUGCAUAAUCCUGUAGUGCUGACACCCACGACAGUUCAAGUCACCUGGACGGUUGACCGCCAAUCCCAGUUUAUUCAGGGCUACCGGGUAAUGUAUCGCCAAACGUCUGGCCUGCCUUCUCCAGCUGUAUGGCAGAAUUUGGAGGUCAAAGUCCCAACUGAGCGCAGUGCUGUCCUCGUCAGCUUGAAAAAGGGGGUCACUUAUGAAAUUAAAGUUCGCCCUUAUUUCAAUGAAUUCCAAGGAAUGGACAGUGAAUCAAAGUCUGCUCGUACCACAGAGGAAGCUCCAAGUGCCCCUCCUCAGUCUGUUACUGUCCUGACAGUUGGAAACCACAACAGCACAAGCAUCAGCAUCUCCUGGGAUCCUCCCCCUCCAGAUCACCAAAAUGGAGUCAUCCAGGAGUAUAAGAUCUGGUGCCUAGGUAAUGAGACUCGAUUUCAUAUCAACAAAACAGUAGAUGCAGCCAUUCGGUCUGUAGUAAUAGGUGGCCUAUAUCCAGGUAUUCAGUACCGCGUGGAAGUUGCUGCAAGCACCAGUGCAGGUGUGGGAGUAAAAAGUGAGCCACAACCCAUAAUAAUUGAACUACUGAAAGCCAGCCAAGCUCUCGCACAGUUUCAACAGUCUGUUUGCAAAAGCAGACGGUCAUCAUUACUAAAUAUUGACAUGGUGCUGAAAGACAGAAAGCUUAAUAAAAUCACCGAGAUCAUUAACAGUGUGAUAGCAACGGAAAGCAGUGCAUCGCACGUCUUCCUGAGUAACUCAGUCCGCCUCCGAACACAAAUUAGGGCCUGA